UCGGCCUCGGAGAUCAGCCAGGCUGGACUCCACCCGGCUCUUUGAGGCACCCCACCUGCCUUUAUAGCCGCAGCCCCUCUUGCUCUCUAACAGUUCCCGCCUUAGCCCUCCCCUGCUAGUCUACCUGCAGGACUUCUCCCCCAAAUCCUCGCCUGGUGGCUCUGUAUCUCCAUUCGCUGCCCCUUUUGGGAGGUGCCUUCUUGGACUACCUGUGUAGGAGAAGACAGCAAGCAUACCCCUGCCAUCUCACCCACUAAAGCACUUUAUUUCUUAGCACUAUCACUGUUGUCAUCACUGGUACUUAAUCUCUAGCUGGAAUUCUGUGCUUUCUUUGGCUGCUUUUUCAUUCAUUUAUUGUCUGUUCCCCCAAAACAGUCUAAGUUCUAUCCUUAUCUAUUUUGUCCACCUCUGUACCUCAACACCUAGUGCAGUGCCCAGCAGAGGGUGGCUUUCCCCUUUUGCCCUUUGAACAAUUCUGCUAUGAACAUGGGCAAACAAAUGGUUCUCCAAGACCCUGCUUUAAUUCUUUUGAGUUGAUACACAAGUGGAAUUGCUGGAUCGUGUUUAAUUUUUGGAGGCGCCUCUGUACUGUUUUCCAUAGCUGAACUAUGUUACGUCCCGUCAGUGGUGCACCAGGCUCCAAUCUCCACCUCCCACCAGCCCCUGCUAUUUUCCUAUUCUGAUGGCUGUGAUGUGGUCCAUUAUUUGUAGUUUUGGCUUGCAUUUCCCUAAUGACUAGUGGUGUUGAGCAGCUUUUCACGACUUAUUGGCCAUUUGUAUUUCUUCUUUGUAUUUCUUUGUAUUUCUUCUUUGUAUUUCUUUGUAUUUCUUUUGUAUUUCUUCUUUGUAUUUCUUCAUUUGUAUUUCUUCUUUGGCGAAAUUUCUUCUUUGCCCUCUUCUGUUUUUGUUUUUAUUGGCACUCUGCAAGCGCUCUGGCCCUGAGCUACAUCCCUAAUCGCCCUUUGCCCAUCUUUGAGUUGAGUUGUUUGUUUUUUUGUGAUUGAGUUUUACCUGAGCUGCUUUUUCUGGCAGUGCAAAUGGUUGUGUGGGAGGCACCUUGUCUCCCCCAGAGUGAGACCGGUUAUGUUGCAGCUGGCUGCCGGGUGAUGCAGACCCCGGCCUCCUUUGUGCCUUUGAGGCCUGCUGGGGAGAACUCACAUUUUCCCAGAAGGGCAGAGCACACACUGAGUUCAUCCCCAGCCCCUAGAAUUAUGUCGUACGCCGGCCACCAUCUGUGUGUACUAUCUCUCUUGCCCCACUGGGCCCUGCUGUGGCCUUGUAGUCCGGAAGGCUGGGGCACAAAGUGGCAAAGGGACUUGCUGCAGGUCUCACGGUUACACAUCCCUGACUGGGGUCUGGACCAAGUCCCUUUGAUAGGCAGUCUCACUGGCCUAGGCCCCCUGCCUGCAGAAACUUUUGGGAUCACUGGCUGGAAACCAGGUCUAAACCAAGUCCCCUUUUUCACAGGUGGAGAAAAAAGGCCAGCCUGGUACCACCUGUAGCAUCCCCUUCACUUCCCCAGCACCAUCUCGGCCUUCACAUGCCCAGCAGUAUUGUUUGGGGCCCUGCCUUCAUCUCCUCAGGCUCAUUUAUUAUCUAAGGAUUGUUGCUGUCAAUAAGGAGAGCAAGUACACCUGAAUACCCAGGGCCACCACACUGAAUCGGAGAGAGAAUCCGUCUUUCUCCAACAUGGCAGUCGUCACCCUGAAGGGUGCUUCCUCAGCUCGAGCCACAGUGACCCGCCGGAAUAGCAUUCUCACCUUCGCUGGGUCUUGGGCCGGGGGUGCCCUUCAGGACCCAUCUCUCCUGCCACAGGGAAGAAAGUGCUCAUCGUCUAUGCGCACCAGGAGCCCAAGUCCUUCAACGCGGCCCUGAAGGACACGGCCGUGCAGGAGCUGAGCGUGCAGGGCUGCGCUGUCACCGUGUCCGACUUGUACGCCAUGGGCUUCGAGCCCAGGGCCACCAGGAGCGACAUCACUGGUGCCCUCUCUAGCCCCGAGAGCUUCAAUUACGGGGUGGAGGCCCAUGAAGCCUUCAAGAGGCGGGCCCUGGCCAGCGACAUCCUUGCUGAACAGAGAAAGGUGCAGGAAGCUGAUCUAGUGAUAUUUCAGUUCCCGCUGUACUGGUUCAGCGUGCCGGCCAUCAUGAAGGGCUGGAUGGACAGGGUGCUGUGCCAGGGCUUCGCCUUCGACAUCCCGGGGUUCUACGAUUCUGGUUUUCUCAAGGGGAAACUAGCCCUCCUUUCGUUAACCACUGGAGGUGUAGCCAGCAUGUACACGAAAGCCGGCGACAGCGGAGACUUCCGGUACUUUCUGUGGCCGCUCCAGCAUGGCACAUUGCACUUCUGUGGAUUUAAAGUCCUUGCCCCUCAGAUCAGUUUUGCUCCUGAGUAUUCAUCAGAAGAAGAAAGAAAAUCAAUGGUGGCCUCAUGGACCCAGAGGCUGAAGAGCCUGUGGACAGAAGAGCCCAUCCAGUGCUCGCCAUCGUGGUACUUCGGGCAAUGACAUCUCUGCCCGAGCGUGUCAUGGAGACCCAAGCAUGCACAGGAGAAGAUGCUGUCAUGAAAUAACGUUACUGCAGAGAGAGCCAGAUCUAGUUCAUGAUGCCCAGGAAUGAGUCUAGCCAGGUCACGUAGUCCAAUACAGUACCUUGAUUUCAUGGAUUCUGUCAGCUAAUCAUUGUUCACCCAAAGUUUCAUUUUGUUUGUCUAAUAUCUGUCUCACUGUGUUCAGUCUUCAUGGUGGUUUUAAUUCCCACAUAGUUCUCUGGGCAUGGAGCUGGAUUUGUUCUUUUUUGUUUGUUUAGUUGGUUUUAUUUCAUGACUCAACUUAAGAGUUCUGUAUUUUCGUAGGAAAGUUUAAUCCAUUUGCAGCUAAUGUUUUAGUGCUAUGUUAGUACCUAUUUCUUCUGUCUUCUUUUUUCUUUAUAUUUGCAUUAUGACUAUGAAGGGUUUUUAAAAUUUUUUGUUAUUGUUUUUGCCGUACUGGGGAUUAAAUUCAGGACCUUGCACUUGCAAGGCAGGUGCAGCACCACUGAGCUAAAUACUGGGGUUAUGACUAUGAAGUUUUAAUUGAAUGGCUAGUUGCCAUGUUUUUAAAAAUCAUUUAGUACCCAUUACAAUGAAGAUUUUGGUGCCUUAGCCUGGUGGCCUCUGAUCACUGUAUGUGUGGUCGUGGAACACGGCGGUCAGGUACCCUGAAUGGCAGACGCAUGUCCGUGGAGAAUGAGUGUCAGUGAGACCAGGAAUGUGAGUUUAAGGGAUCAAGUGUCACCAUCACCAUCAUCAAGCAUCGUACCAACGUUCUCCUCCCCUCAUUGUCAUCACUGCUGAGGACAGAGCUGCCACCCACGCCCAGGGGACCACCUUCCCAGCACCACCCACAGAGCCCCCUCAGGCUCCGCGAACAGCUUCCUGUUGGAGUCGUCAUCUUCACACCGCCCGGCGUCUGCAUCUUCCUUUCCCGUGCGCCCUCCACGCCUCUGCAGCAGCUCCUUCACACCUCUCUCAACUGCAUUCCUUCCUGCACUGCUUCAUGUGACUCUCAGCGAAUACUUUUCCAAAUAACUCUUCUCUUUCUUCUGAGUCUUCACAACUCUCCUCCAAGGCUUCUUCGUGAACACUUUCUCAGGGCCACUUUCCUACUUUUGUUCAGGACCAUUUUUGUCUAAUUAUUUUUGGCACCAUCUUCAGGCUGCUUUCCUAACAGUCUUUGGGUGAUCUUUCCAAAACAUCUUUUUUUUUUUUUUUUUUUUAAGUCUUGGUUGGAACUGUCUUCUGGACCUCUUUUUUGGGCCUACCUUCUUAAGAGUUAUUUCAGAAAUACUUGCUUCAGAAUCUCCUCACCUGCUGGUUUUUCGAGCACCUUUUCCAUCUAAGUACUUUAAAGCUGGGCAUCCAUCCCGGAUGUUCGGAGAUGCUCCAGAAAUGCCUCACUUAGCCCUGCCCUUCACAGAGCAGAGAUGACGCUGGGACACUGCCUGCCCCUUGGCUCCAGGGGCAUGAAAGGAAGCUCCCACCCUCUCAGCUUUGCGCUCCCUUCAGCCCAGUCCUCUUUGGCCCCACCCCAUGUUGGAUGGAGGUUCCCACCCUGAAAACCACUUCAAAUCAGAGGUUUGAAGAUGGUGACCACUGCCAUGUCUUCAUCCGAGUCUUUCAAAGAGAAGGAGCCCCCUCCUUGGCCCAGGCUUCCCCUGGCAUCUGUCCCAGCAGGUGCUCCCUACACACCUGUUGGAGAGCAAGGGCUACACCCAAGUGCACCCAUGCCACGUCGCAGGCAGCAGACAGCAGCUUGGCAAGACUGUAGCACCCCUGUGCACGAGCAUGUGCUUCUCUGAGCACAGGUGUGAGAAGUCAUGGACUUCUGGCCAGUUGGACACUUCAGUGUUCGUUGCUCAUUCUGUGGUUUCCCCCUGCUCUGGUGAUUGCAGAAACGGUGAAAGAGUGCCCCUGCUGCCCCCUCUUAGUAGGGGACUGAAGGCUCAGGAGGCCAGGUGGUGAGAAAUGCCUUGGAGCCAUCUCCUUUCUCCCUGCCGACCCAAGGAUGCAGUGGGCAGCACAGCUCCCCACUCCUCCCUGCUCAGCCGGCUGCAGCUGUGUAAGGCUGGCAGAUGGACAGCAGCACUGCCUGUAAGAGCCGUAUCCUGCAGUCCUUUGGGUAGGAAGCCCUCCAUCCUUCCUCACCAACUCCUAAGUGUUAGGAUGAGGGGUGGGAAUUUUAAAAGGAAGACUUCUCAUUGUGUGCCCAGGUUUCUGGAGCCCUGUUGCCCUGGGAUGGUAUCAACUUGACUUUGCAUAUGCCAAAGUCAAGUUGAUUGUCUUCCAAGCAAAAUUGCUAGCAAUUUGAGAGCUGGGGCCUUGAUUAGAUCCUAUUCACUCUCUCCACCAAUCAUUGGUUUUUAAAAUCUUGCUGUGGUGAAACAAAAAUAAAUCCAGCAUCACCAGGGUAACAGGAUUACUGUUCAAAAACAAAAAAAAGUGACUGCAGCUGCAGCUGUGUUUUAAGGCACCAUUUCUGUUAGGAGCACAGGACCCUUGUGGCUUCACAAAGGUGUCUUUGGCUGUGCAGUUAGGUCUUUGAGCCUCUUUAGGUGGAGGAAGUUAAAAAAGAGGAAGGACAAAUAUGUUGCUUAAUGUUAGAAAGCAGCAGGAGCUGGGAGGAAAUUCUGGCAGCUCCAGGGCAUAGUUGGUGCCUUGUACCCAGGGAAGGAGGAAGCAGGCAAGUGUCAAGAUGGGGAGGACAAGCAUUGCUGAAUGAUGUACUAACAUGCAGUGCUUUCAGCCACUUGUUUCAUAAAAUGCACUGAGAAUAAAGCUUAUCAGGAAUCAGA